UAAAUUACCCUUUCUCCUUGCGGUCCUCGGCAAGAAGAGAGAAGAGCAGUGUCAUUCUAACACUCUUUCCCUGCCAAUUUCCCUCAUCGCUUUUCUCUGCUAAACAACAGAUUUUAGGCGCCCCUCCAUCUAUUUCCCCGGCUAAAUCCUAGGCGAUAUCGUCUUGCAAAGUCGAGUUGUGAAGAAGAGCUUUUAUUGGUUGUGGUCUAGAACCCACUGCAAAGUAACUUAUAGGGCCUCCACUGUUGUAUCUUACCUGGUGGUUUAAAAUGACAAUCAGUUCGGAAGAGGCAUCAAAGAAAACUUCACGUUCUCAAUUGGUUGUGUUGAACAGGGCAUUCAAAUUGGCUGAGCAAUGGGUUAACAAUAUGGGCUCUUCAGAUGAUGCUAAACCAAAUAAUGUGGUUCUAGAGAGUCGUCCACCUAGGCUUGGAAUUGGUGCUGCAGUUCCACGUCAAUCUCAAACUGUACUCUCAAAUGACCCCGCGGAACGAAAAUUACGUGCUAAAUUGAAUGCUGAGAAAAGAAAAAAAUUGAAGAGCUCUGAAGCAUCAACAAUUUCUGCCAAAGACGGGAAAGUUGAUGAAGAAAGCGAUGAUGAGGAAUUAGAAAGCAAAACAAAAGCGUUUACCAAGAAGAGGCCUGCAGCUUUGCCCUCGUCUCUGCAAGCAAAGAAGAAAAAGAAGUGACUUUGCAUUAUCUAGCAAAUCGAGAUGUGCUAUAGUUUUCCUUUAGUAUAUUAUUCUAAGCCUUCAGCUUCUUGUUGCCAUUUUGGAAGGUGCAGUUCUCUUGAGGUCUCAGUCUCCAGUUAAGAGAAAAGUUUUGAGUUCUGAGUAGCUGACUUAGAGUUUCAAUUCUGUUUGUAAGAGUAACAAAUUCUAUUAGUGAUGUUUAUUUCUGAAUAAUGUUCUUCCCUCC